GGAAGUGGCGGCUCCCGGGUGAAGGUUGAGCCUGGAUGGGCGGGGCGGGAAGCGGAAGGGCAGCGGUGCGCAGCCGCGUCAACGGCCCUUCAAAGCGCGCGCGCUGUCUGACCUCAGUCUGGCAGCUUCGUAGUUGGGCGUGACGCUCGCGACUUUUCGCUGCUGGGGGCGGUUGCCCGGGCAAGAUCCUUUACGACCCUUUCUCGGUUUCUCCGUCGUCACAGCGAAUAAAUCUCGCUCGAAACUCACGGGACCGCUCCCAGAAAGGCGAAAAGAUAUUCAAGAGCCCUUCCGUUUUCCUUCCAGUGGACCCCGAGCCCAGCAUUUGCGGCAUCCGCUGCUGGCAGUUUUGCCAGUUGUUUGUUACCUUGAAAAAUGGCUACUGGACAGGAUCGAGUGGUUGCUCUCGUGGACAUGGACUGUUUUUUUGUUCAAGUGGAGCAGCGGCAAAAUCCUCAUUUGAGGAAUAAACCUUGUGCAGUUGUACAGUACAAAUCAUGGAAGGGUGGUGGAAUAAUUGCAGUGAGUUAUGAAGCUCGUGCAUUUGGGGUCACUAGAAGUAUGUGGGCAGAUGAUGCUAAGAAGUUAUGUCCAGAUCUUCUACUGGCACAAGUUCGUGAGUCCCGUGGGAAAGCUAACCUCACCAAGUACCGGGAAGCCAGUGUUGAAGUGAUGGAGAUAAUGUCACGUUUUGCUGUGAUUGAACGUGCCAGCAUUGAUGAGGCUUAUGUAGAUCUGACCAGUGCUGUACAAGAGAGACUACAAAAGCUACAAGGUCAGCCUAUCUCAGCAGACUUGUUGCCAAGCACUUACAUUGAAGGGUUGCCCCAAGGCCCUACAACAGCAGAAGAGACUGUUCAGAAAGAGGGGAUGCGAAAACAAGGCUUAUUUCAAUGGCUCGAUUCUCUUCAGCUUGAUAACCUCACCUCUCCAGACCUGCAGCUCACCGUGGGAGCAGUGAUUGUGGAGGAAAUGAGAGCAGCCAUAGAGAGGGAUACUGGUUUUCAGUGUUCAGCUGGAAUUUCACACAAUAAGGUCCUGGCAAAACUAGCCUGUGGACUAAACAAGCCCAACCGCCAAACCCUGGUUUCACAUGGGUCAGUCCCACAGCUCUUCAGCCAAAUACCCAUUCGCAAAAUCCGUAAUCUUGGAGGAAAGCUAGGGGCCUCUGUCAUUGAGAUCCUAGGGGUAGAAUACAUGGGUGAACUGACACAGUUCACUGAAUCCCAGCUCCAGAGUCAUUUUGGGGAGAAGAAUGGGUCUUGGCUGUAUGCCAUGUGCCGAGGGAUUGAACAUGAUCCAGUUAAACCCAGGCAACUACCCAAAACCAUUGGCUGUAGUAAGAACUUCCCAGGAAAAACAGCUCUUGCUACUCGGGAACAGGUACAAUGGUGGCUGUUGCAGUUAGCCCAGGAACUAGAGGAGAGACUGACUAAAGACCGAAAUGAUAAUGACAGGGUAGCGACCCAGCUGGCUGUGAGCAUUCGUGUACAAGGAGACAAACGCCUCAGCAGCCUGCGCCGCUGCUGUGCCCUUACCCGCUAUGAUGCUCACAAGAUGAGCCAUGAUGCAUUUACUGUCAUCAAGAACUGUAAUACUUCUGGAAUCCAGACAGAAUGGUCUCCUCCUCUCACAAUGCUUUUCCUCUGUGCUACAAAAUUUUCUGCCUCUGCCCCUUCAUCUUGCACAGACAUCACCAGCUUCUUGAGCAGUGACCCAAGUUCUCUGCUAAAGGUGCCAGUUACCAGCUUAGAAGCUAAGACCGAGGGAAGUGGCCCAGUGGUGACAACCACUAAGAAAGCAACCACAUCUCUGGAAUCAUUCUUCCAAAAAGCUGCAGAAAGGCAGAAAGUUAAAGAAGCUUCACUUUCAUCUCUUACUGCUCCCACUCAGGCUCCCACGAUCAAUUCGCCGUCCAAGCCCUCAUUACCUUUUCAAACCAGUCAAACUACAGGAACUGAGCCCUUCUUUAAGCAGAAAAGUUUGCUUCUAAAGCAGAAACAGCUUAAUAAUUCUUCAGUUUCUUUCCCCCCACAAAAUCCAUGGUCCAACUGUAAAGCAUUACCAAACUCUUUACCAAUAGAGUAUCCAGGCUGUGUCCCUGUUUGUGAAGGGGUAUUGAAGCUAGAAUCCUCUAAAGCAACUCCUGCAGAGAUGGAUUUGGCACACAACAGCCAAAGCAUGUAUGCUUCUUCAGCUUCCACAUCUGCGCUGCAGGUGACUCAGAAAGCAACCCCAACUCCAAGUCUUCUAGCUGCUGAGGACCAAGUGCCCUGUGAGAAGUGUGGCUCCCUGGUACCAGUAUGGGAUAUGCCUGAACACAUGGACUAUCAUUUUGCAUUGGAGUUGCAGAAAUCCUUCUUGCAGCCCCACUCUUCAAACCCCCAGGUUGUUUCUGCCAUAUCUCAUGAAGGCAAAAGAAAUCCCAAGAGCCCUUUGGCCUGCACUAAUAAACGCCCCAGGCCUGAGGGCAUGCAAACAUUGGAAUCAUUUUUUAAGCCAUUAACACAUUAGUGCUGCCCUCAGGCUUGCCUUUAGGAUUUAAUAUUUUUUAUCUCUACAGAUCUUUAAUAUUUUAUCUUUACAGAUUUCCCUGAGAAGGGGAAUUAUGAAAUUUUUAAUACAAAAAAUAAUCCAUUUAGGUGCCAAGUUAUAGUCCCAUCUCUUCACAGGCUUGGAUUCUAAUCCCACUGCUGAUAGAGAUGUAAAAAUUCAUCCUACCAUUGAGUUUUUAAUCUUUAGCAUUUAGGGAGGCAGUGUCAUAUAGUAAAAAGUGUGUGGGCCUUGGAGUCUAAGAGA